GAAGUUUGUUCGUCUACGUCUUCGUACUCCGACCACUACCACGAAGUACGCACACGCAGAAUGUAGCAGAUCCUCACGCAAUGUUGUGAAACAAGUCUAGAGCUGUAUUGUGAGUACUGCCUUAGUUUUUGCCAGGCAAAUAUAAGAAAUAGCUGGGUUCCUGACUGCAGCUGCCAUCUACGAUGUAACUACGAGACCGACCCGUCCUACCAUCUACUGGUGAAAUAUGAAACUACUUCAAUAUUGCGAUAAUCGUGUCACGUUUCGUUUUACGUAGUCACAAAAAAGGGGGCAUCGACCACUGCAAGAACGCUGGUCAUGGAUGUGCUAACCGCUGAUGUUAGCUGCAAGUCAGCAGUUGCACGUCAAUACCAGUACUCGGCUGUAGUUGUCAAACAUACUGGGUUAUUUUAUAUUCAGUUCUAUCAAGUCUAAUUCUUCACUGGUUAUGAACCAUGUCUGGUAAAAUGAGAGAGGGUUUUGUGAACGUAAAUGGUCUCUCAACUCAUGUCAUCACUUGGGGAGGCUGGAUUGAAGAUGCGCUAAAUGCAGAUCAUAAGGAAAUUGUGUUACUUAUUACUGGCAAUCCUGGAUUGGCUGGUUAUUACACUACAUUUUUAACAAGGUUACAGUCUCGUCUUGGUGUUCCAGUGUGGGCUGUUUCUCUCGCUGGCCACGUGUUGCCACCAACAGCUAUAAACAGCCUACCACCUUUACGACAAAAUCCAGAGCUCUACAAUUUGAAAGGUCAGGUCGAACAUAAAUUAGCAUUUAUUGAGAAAUACGUUCCACAGGAUGUGAAGAUAAUCCUUAUAGGACAUUCCAUUGGUGCUAAGAUGAUAUUAGAAGUUCUUAAGAAUGAUGAUACAAGAUCCAGAGUCAUGAAAGCAUAUCUCUUGUUUCCAACAAUAGAACGUAUGGCAGAGUCACCAAAUGGGAAACUUCUGACAGGUGUUAUAAAGCAUUUAGUGCCAGUUAUGAUAUUCUUGGUUUGGGUCUUCACCUUUCUUCCAGUUUUUGUAAAGAAAUUCUUACUUGCUAUGCAUUUCAUGUUGAGAAGCAUGCCAACUUAUCAUGUGUCUACAACAAUGCAACUGAUGAACCCUACUGUGUUGGAAAAUAUUUUGUUCCUUGCACUGGAUGAAAUGGAGGAAGUUAAAGAACUAGAUGAUCAGAGUUUGAGAGAAGUCAAUGAUCUGUUAUAUUUGUAUUAUGGUACUACAGAUGGCUGGGUGCCAUUGAAGUAUUGGAAAGAUAUUGCACAAAAUCAUCCAGAUCUAAAAUGUGUGUUAUGUGAAAAUCAAAUUGAUCAUGCCUUUGUUUUACGUCACAGCGAUAAGAUGGCUGAUAUCUUGUCAGAUUUAAUUCAGGAACAUGAACAAAAACAUUAAAGAAGUUGAGUUCAGAAAAAUGUACCAUUUUUAUUUGCAAAGUAAGGUGUGGGUUAUACUAUAAACAUGUCAUAUGGUGCUUGGCUCAAAUAAUAUUUAUAAAGGCACAUUUUUUUUAGUAAUUUUAUGUCUAUACAAUAUAUUAUCAGCUGGAGAGGUCAUCUAGCAUGGAAAGUGGUUGGUUUUUAUAUAGUUCUGACUUUUUCAUUGGAAAAGUCAAAUAGAACAUGAUUAAGUUAUUAACAACAACUUAUAGAAAAUAUAUUUUGCUUAAUUUUAUACCUGACAAUCUUCUUACAAUCAUUUUACACAAAAAUAUUGUUGGUUUAGAAUACUAUAUUUAUUUAUCAGACUAUUUAGUCUGGUCUCUGUUGGGUGAAUAUACAAUUUGCUGUUUUCAUACAUUAAUCUAAAGAUAAAGAUGAAGUUGUCUUGUGUACCAUGUCAUGGAGGUGUAGGGGGUGGGGGUGGGGGGGGGACUAGAUAGAAAUGUGUGGUCACAUUCACACCCCAGCUGCUUUACAGAUGGUCCUGGUACCCAUUAGAUAGGAAGCUGAUACACAUUUUGUCCCACUUAAUGUGAAACACACCACAACUACAUGUCGCAGCAACAGCAAGCAGACAUAAUCAAUGCAGAACGUGACUACUGCAUGCUAGUAGGCGAGUUACAACUUCAUGGGACCCUCUGUAUAUAGAGCAUAUUUUAUAUUUAUAUUAAUAUUAAUUUAUUAGUUCCAUUAUUGUUCAUUGAUGCAUCUUAAAUAUCUUAAGCUUGGGAACCUAUGUUUGAUGCUUGACGUGAUAAUACAAUGGCAUGACACUGCUGCCAACAAACUAAUCUCUUUUUUUUUAAAAAAAACAGCAACACUUCCCAUUUCACAUUUCUAGUUUAGCUGCUAGAUAAAACAGGAACCAAAGAAAUGUUAGAAACUGUUUAAAAUAUUUUGACAUUCCAUAAACACUGUUUAAUAAUUUAUGUAUGGUUUUUAUUUAUUAGUGCAGAACAAUUUAUAGGUUAUGAGGUAUUGCUAACGAUUAAACAGUGUACAACUGGCUCCAGGUUUAAGCUGUGUGGAAUGAAAGUGACUUCCAGGUAUUACUUACUUUAAGGCAGGCCUAUUUAGGAAUAUCGGUACUUGUGGGUUAUCGGGACUCAUCACUUUAAAAAUACGUUAGGUUAGGUUAGGUUAGGUUAGGUUAGGUUAAUGUGUGUGUGGAUGAAUGACAUAUACUUGAAAGUUAUUAUAUUUUAUUUCAAUAAAUGACAAGUAUUUUUAAAGCGGUGUGUCCCAAUAACCCACAAGUACCAGAAUAUCAAAUUAAGAACAAGGACAUAUCUUACUGUUGAUAUCGUGGAAGAAAGCAUGUGAAUAACGACAACAGAAAUUAAAACCUGAUAUUGAAGUGAUCAAGGAGAAGCAGUGUCACUAAUAACUGAUUUUGUUAAAGAAAAUUAUUGAGUAACAUCUGAACCUGUUAGUAGGCCUAAUUGAGUAGCAUUUUUAAUAAAUUACCUCAUUGCAGGCUGUGAGUUGAUUAAGAGAGGCAAGUGUGGCCCAAAGUCUGGUAAAGGUUGAGGACCUCUGCUAUAAGAUAAUAGUUCUUACAGAACAUAUUUAGUUGAGGUGAAAUGUAUUGACUAGUGGCGAAUUUAUUAUUUAGGGGAUCUUACAAUGAAAAUACUGUAUUAACCUAUGCUAUAACAAAUAUGCAUCUUGACAUUAUUAUCCCAAGAUACAAAGUUCUUGUUUGAUUGAAUGAGAAAAAUUGUGUAAUUAUAUUAUAUUUGUUGACAAGUUUAUGAUUUUUAUCAUGUUAAUACUGCCUAUAAGAUGGUGCUUACAUGUUUAACACCAGAGAAGAUGCACAUUAAAACUAUGUCAGAAUAAGAAAAUGUAAGUGUAUACAUUCCUAACAUUUGGAGAAAAAUCAUGCACACGAUUUAUAAUACAGAACCUUCUGACUUCAUCAUUUAAGGAAAUAAUAUCUAUAAAGCAAAACCUUUAGCUCAAAUAAAUUAUUAUAUGACAAUAACAAAUACAUUGGUUAUGUUUUAAACUUUAUGUAAAUGAAAAUUGCCAUAAUGCACACCUCAAAAUAAAUUAUAUUAGAUAUUGUAAUCCUAGAGUGAUAUGAAUAACAUGCAUUUUUUUUUCUCAAAACUUAUGUAGCACAGAAAAAAGACAGAAAUAAAAUUUUAUUAUUUACCUAAAAA